AUGGGGGACGAGUCCUACCCAGAAUGCCGAGCUCAGGAGCUUUUUGAUGAGUUUGUGUCAUCGUCAACCUGCAGGGCGGCGCUGUGGUCCUUCAGCCAGCUGUGUGAACAUCUGCAGCUGGACAAGAGCGCCGCAGAGAGGCCGCUGUACCGACCAAUCAAACGGCGCCUCAAUUACUGGAAGGCCAAUGCUCUGUGGGCCAAACUGGACCGAAGGGCCGCUCAGCAGGAGUACCAGAGGGCCCGAAUCUGUAACAAUACCACUUGUGUCAUCAUUGGCGCGGGGCCCUGCGGUCUGAGGACGGCAGUGGAGCUGAGCUUCAUGGGAGCUCGGGUGGUGUUGCUGGAGAAGAGAGACUCUUUCUCCAGGAACAACGUGCUCCACCUGUGGCCCUUCACCAUCCACGACUUGCGCGGUCUUGGGGCCAAAAAGUUUUACGGGAAGUUUUGCGCCGGCUCAAUCGACCACAUCAGUAUCCGUCAGUUGCAACUGGUCCUGCUAAAGGUGGCCCUGCUGCUGGGGGUUGAAGUCCAUGUCAACGUGGAGUUUAAAAACCUGGUGGAGCCGCCGGAGGAUCAGCAGCGACGCAUGGGCUGGAGAAUGGAGGUGAGACCAAAGUCUCAUUCCGUCAAUCAGCUGGAGUUUGAUGUCAUCAUUGGAGCAGAUGGACGCAGGAACACACUGCCAGGUUUCAGGCGUAAAGAGUUCAGAGGGAAGUUGGCCAUCGCCAUCACAGCCAACUUUAAAAACAGAAACACCACAGCUGAGGCCAAAGUGGAGGAGAUCAGCGGAGUGGCGUUCAUCUUCAACCAGAGGUUCUUCCAGGAACUCCGACAGGAAACUGGCAUUGAUCUGGAGAACAUUGUGUACUACAAAGAUGAUACUCACUACUUUGUGAUGACGGCAAAGAAACAGAGUCUGUUGGAGAAAGGAGUCAUUUUACAGGAUUUUGCAGACACUGGGCUGCUUCUCUCUCGGGGGAACGUGGACCAGAAUGCAUUGCAGAUGUACGCCCGCCAAGCUGCCGACUUCUCGACCAAUCACCAGCUGCCUUCUCUGGACUUUGCCAUGAAUCACUACGGUCAGCCAGAUGUUGCCAUGUUCGACUUCACCUGCAUGUACGCAUCCGAGAAUGCCGCUAUGGUUCGCCAACGCCACGGACACCAGCUGCUGGUCACACUGGUGGGGGACAGUCUGCUGGAGCCCUUCUGGCCGAUGGGAACAGGGAUUGCUCGAGGGUUUCUGGCAGCUCUGGAUUCAGCAUGGAUGAUACGAAACUGGUCUCAAGGAGGAGCUCCUCUGCACAUCCUGGCAGACAGGGAGAGUUUGUACCGUCUCCUCCCUCAGACGACCCCAGAGAACAUGCAGAAGAACUUCAGUCUGUUUACAGCUGAUCCGACAACGAGAUACCUGAACAUCAACCGUCUGCUCAUUACACCUGCACAGGUGAGACACCUGGUGGACACAGGAGAGGAGGCGGGUCUGAACACAGUCUGUGGUGACAUCAUCCGCCUGCCGUCACCCAGAUUCCUCAGACAAGACUCUUUCUCUCAGUCCAAUAAGCUGCUCGCUUGGUGUCAGGAGCAGACUCGUGGUUACCGUGGCGUUGCUGUUAGUGACCUGACUACUUCCUGGAAGAGUGGCCUCGCUCUCUGUGCCCUGAUUCAUCGAUAUCGAUCUGAUCUCAUUGACUUUGACUCUCUGGAUGAAUCGUCGGUGGAAGAAAACACUUGGCUCGGCUUCAAUGUGGCCGAAAGAGAGUUUGGGAUUUCUCCUCUGAUGACGGUGGAGGAGAUGUUGUCUGUCGCAGAACCAGAUUCUCUGUCAAUGGUGAUGUACCUGAGUCAGUUCUACCAGCUGCUGAAAGACACGCCCCCCCCUCCCGGUUGUCUGAGUCACAGUUCUGACCUGAGAUCAGCUCUCAUCACUCCGGCUUCUCUGCUCAGCAGACUGGGACUCAGUCCUUCCAGAAAGAGAAAUCCAAAGGUUCCUGAGCAGAAAGAAGCUCGGGGGAAAAGGAGGAAGACCAGUCGAGCGUGUCGAGAGCAGCUGGAGUCAUGUGACCAGAACAGUGAUGUGGACAGCCAGGUGUAUGAUGAGGCGUUUGUGGGUGGGCCCAGUCGCUCCAGAGUGCGUCUGAUGGCCAGUCAGCUGCAGGCGAAGCUGGACAAGAGCUCCGCCUCCUGCAGGAGUUCUUCUUCUUCUCCUUCUGUAGCAGCCUUACGUCACCAGGGGGAGCUGUUGUCCAGCCUCUCCCCCCCACAGUCUCCAGACUGUCAGACGGCUCCAGCUCCACUUCACACGUCAUCGUGGAGACCGAGGAAACGAACUCUUCAACAGGAACAGAUGAGUUUUCGCUUCAAAGAAAAGAUCAAGUCUCAGGCUGCGCCCGGCGGGGAGGAGCAGUCCUCAGGCUGCAGUGACGUGUGUUUCUUCUGUCAGAAGAGAGUUUAUGUGAUGGAGCGUUUGAGUGCAGAGGGUUUGUUCUUCCAUCGCAGCUGUUUCCAGUGUUCCCACUGCAGCAGCACACUCAGACUGGCUGCUUACACCUUCGACCAGCACAGCGGCAGGUUUUACUGUCUCCAACGCGACGACUGCCGUCUGAACGCCGCGACUGCGAGGAAGAGGCUGAGUACGCCUGGGGGAGCCGCGUCACAACCCGCAUCCACAGCGUCUCUGGGUUCAGCCCCAUCGCUCUCCUCUGCAGACUCCCAGAUCUCUGCCGACCGUCGUCGAUCCUCAGUUGUUUCUGUGAUGGCGGCGACGCCGGAGAGGAUCGAGCUGGAAAACUACCGGCGAAGCUCGACCAAGGUGGAGACGGAGCUGCUGGAGGAGCCUGAGGAGCCCGAGGAGGUCUCAGAGGAGACGCUGAACCGUUUCAACCUGAGCCUGGACGAGGAAACCAACCACAGGUCCGAUCAGGAGGAGAUCAGAGCUUCAUGGAGGGAAAAUCUGCAGCUCCACGGACACUGCCAGGAGGAGGAGGAGGAGGAUGAAGAGGAGGGAGAGGUGGAGGAAGAGGAGCGAAGCAGCGAGGUGGAGUCCAGUGACGAGGGGGAGUACAGCCCCUGCGACAUGGAGCGACACUCGGGCCUGUGGCUCCUGUUAGAGGAGGAGACAGAGGACGACCGUCCUCUCACCACUCAGAGCACCCCCCCAGCACCAGGAAGUGACACAUCUGUGGAGUCUGAAUCCAGCCCACUGCCCUGCAUCACCUCCUCCACCCCUCCAUCUGAGACUCCGCCCAUCGCGAGCACACCCUCUACUGCUUCUUUCAUCACCACGCCUGACUCUGCCCCUGACACAGACACAACUCCACCCACACAGCUCACGCCUCUCAUCGUCAUGGAAACAGCUGCUCAGAAACACACCCCUCGGCAAACUGCGGGAGGCCAGGGCUCAUUUGAUGACAUCAGCCCUGAACUGCCACAGAAGAAGCCCCUCCUCCUGCAGGUGAGAGGGGAGGAGUUGGAGGAAGAGGUGUCAGGACCAACUGAGGAGGCAGUGGGGGUGAGGAGGAGGAUUAGAGGAGCCCACAGCCUCCCUCCUCACCUCCUCAUUCCCACUCUGCAGGGUCGGGGUAUCCCCCCCCAGCUAAAGGGGCUCAGAGAGGCUCCAACCCUCAGACAGGUGGAGGUGGAAGGGGGCGGUGCCAAAGCCCUGUGGAGGGCAGUGUUCUCUGGAAACAGGAGGGAGAAGAAGAAGUGGGGCAGAACCUUACCUCCAGGUGCAGAGAUGGUGAACAAAGAUGCGGCCAAUCAAAGGAGAGCUCCAGAUGUGAGUCUGAGUCUGGCAGAAGAGUCCGAUCUGGAGUCGUCGGCUCUGCUGCAGAGAUGUUCACUGACAGCCAGAAACAACCUCCGUUUGGCGCUGCUUGACCUCACGUCUGAAAUUCAGAGAGUCUCAAUAAAAGAGGAGGAGAACCGGGAGCCGGCGUAUGUUCCUCAUGCUCUGGCUUUUAGACGAGCGUACGCCAUCAAGACACGCGUUCUGAAGGACAAAGUCCCCAUCCGGGACUCCGAUGGAGAGUCCUCAUGUCCCACGGAGGUGGUGGGGGUCCUGGUCCAGCCGAAGGAACCAUCCAGUCUGAGUGUAAAGGAGACCAUGUUCCAGAGGGGACAAGAGGACGAAGAUGAAGACCUGGAUGCCAAAAUCACCCGACGAGUUCAGAGAGCUGCUAGAAGAAAGGCCAAACAGGAACAGCUGAAGAGACUCCACAAAGCUCAGAUGAUACAGAGACAGCUGCAGCAAGUGGAGGAGAGACAGAGACAGUUGGAGGAGAGAGGAGUGAUGGUGGAGAAAGCUCUGAGAGGAGAAGCAGAUUAUUGGGGAGACGUCAACGACGGCCAAGACGUCGAGCUUCACCUGGGAGGAAUGGGUAAACUGGAUAAUCCGGCUCUGAUGCAGCAGUGGUUCCAGUUGGUCCAGCAGAAGAACUCUCUGGUUCGAUAUGAAUCUGAACUCAUGAUAUUUGCUCGAGAGUUGGAGUUGGAGGACCGACAGAGUCGACUGCAGCAGGAGCUCAGAGAGCGGAUGGCUGUGGACGACCACCUGAAAGAGGAGUGGGAACUGGUGGAGGAGCGCUUGAUCCUGGAGGAAAUGUUGGAGGUGGUGGAGCAGAGAGACUCUCUGGUGUCUCUACUGGAGGAACAAAGGCUGCAGGAACGACAGGAAGACCAGGACCUGGAGGAGGUCAUGACAGCCCGAGGACUGGGACUCAGCUGGGCCUGAACUGGUCUGAACUGGUCUGCAGUGAUGUCAUAUUGACCACAAGUCUGACUUUUUCAACGCAAAGAUUGAUAUCAAAAUCAAUUAAUGUUACGAUGAUGCCAUGAAAUGCAGAACUAUUACAACAUCUGAAGUGGACUGAAGUGGAAAACCCAAACCAGAUAAGCAUGAAUUAUUUCUGAAAAAAGAAACCUAGAUCUGAGAUAGACCGGGGGACAGUCAGAACCAGUCUGAGAUCUGCACACAGCGGCAGAGGAAAAUAAUUCUCACGUCCUUGUCAAAUAGUCACUGCUGGAAGCUUCGUGACAUCAUGACUAUUUGUGGGGCUAGUUGGCUAACUACACUUACUAAAUGCUAAAAUGCUAGCUAGCCACAAUAGCCCAUCGAGAUAUCUGGCUUCCAAAGCUGUGCUUGGUUGCUAAUCACAUAAUAAGUUAACUCUAUUAACUCCUUUGUGAUGACUAACGUCAUACCUGUCCCGUCUGUGUUCUACAGCAGCUUCAAUAAAACUGAAUGUUAGCUAAUAAGCUCCGGUAGCUUCUGUCCGCUCAAAGCGUAGCUCUGUCAGGACAGCUUGCCGUGUGACGUCUGCUUCAAAUCAAAAACUGCUGUCUGAUGCUAAGCUGUGGACUUGAUUGGACAGAAGCAAAACAAACUGUCCUUGUGUGUACCACAGAUGGUCAUCAGGACCACAAGGUGAAGUCUAGUUCAUACCACCAAUGAAACACUACUGAGUGUUUAUCGUGAGCCACUCCGCUGUCAGUAAGAAGCCAGUUUGUUAAAAACAUCCUGUGUCAUUAUUAUUAUCAUUAACAUAUAGAAACCAGAAUUUCAGUCUCAAUAAAACUUACAUUUUGUUAAUGACUGUUUGUACUGAUGGUCAGCCACCAGGGGGCGUUACUGUGUUCCUGUCAGACACUUGUGUAUGUUAGUCCAACAACACAUGAAGUUGUGCAUGUGGUGUUAGCUGGUGAGCUACCCUGUAACAUGCUAGCUAGCUGGAAACAUGUGAGUGUUAGCAAGCCAAGACAACCUAUACAGUAUAAAUAGUAUCUAUACUACACAGUAUCCAGUAUCUAUACUAUACAGUAGCAGUAUCUAUAGUAUCUGAACUCCACAGUAGCAGUAUCUAUACUGUAAAGUAUCCAGUAUCUAUACUACACAGUAGCAGUAUCUAUAGUAUCUGUACUAUAGUGUCACUACUUCAGUAUGGUGAAGUGUAAACGGUUUAAACCUGCCACUGUUUAACUGGUUAACUGGCUGUGUUAACUGCUCGUACAUAUAACUGAGUAGUUAUCUGUGUAACUAGCUGUGGUGACCAGGCUUUAGUCACACCCCUCGGCUUCCUCUGAUGCUGUUAUGUUCACCCUUGUGUUCAUUGAAAGAAUGAAAUGGUCCACAUUAACUAGAGAUUCAGAGAUUAUCAUGUUAUUACAUUUUGAUUCUUGUGCCAAAACCAUGAUCUGUUCUACCAAACUUCACCUGUCGGCCUCAUUUUACCUGAUCAUCUGAUCAGUAACUGUUUAUUAAUCCUGUUCAUAUGAAGCAUUGCUCUGUUUAAAGUCAUGUGACUGUGAUGAGCUGAUGGUUAUUAAUGU